AUGUCGGUUGACAGGACGCAUUCAUCUGGGUCAAGUACCCUCCAGCGCUCGAUCUCUCAGUCAAGCUCUUCCAGCUCCGGAUCCCUUCAGCGGCUGAAGUGGGGCAUCUUCGACGUCGUCUAUGAACGACCACCAUUUUUGGCUGGAAUUCGGACCUGGUUCAGGACCUACAAUCGCAACGACAUCUCCGACGCCUUUCUCUCGGGCUUUCGGCUGGUUCUUCUACUUCUGCAACUGAACUUCUCUGUGGCUUGUCGCUACUUUUUCUGCGCGGUUUGGAUGUCUAUUGCGCCUGGCAUCUCCCUCCUUCUCGCUCAUUCUGUUUUGAAUAUGAUCGCGAGCGAAAUAUCCUACGACAAUUUGAAGAUCGAUGACACUGCGCAACAGAAAUUGUCGCUCAUGAUUACAUUGUGGCUGUCGUCGGCUUUCCUCACCUCUUACUGCUCACAAGACUCGGAGGAAUGCAAGGAGCUUCUCGGGGGACACCUGCGUGCCUACUUUCUCCCCCGACUGGUCGAUGCGCGUUUGAAGCACAUAUCUAUGCCAACGGGUGGAGGGGAACCUGAGAGCAUGCAGUCAUUUCCCAACCCUUGGUCGUUCGGCGAUGAGGUGCCAGGUUGGCCCAUUGUCGAACGGCUUUCCUCCAGAAUCAGCGAUGCCUUGACGCUUCUUUCCGAGCUAUUCGCCUUUGGUGUGAUCAUCACGAAAAGUCCAAAGAACGAUGCCGAUGUGUUCGGGUUUCUUGGAUUUCUCGCUGUUUUUGUGAUGGUUUUCACCCCUUCAAAUGGGGCCGGAGGGGCCGGGUAUACAUUUUGGACGAAUAACCCCCAUUAUCAGCGGCUUCUAUCCCUUUACUCCAUCAUCUUUGACGAUCAGUACAAGGAGCAGAUUGUCAAGGAUGGGUUGAUGGACUAUCUUUCGAGCGAAUACAAGUCUACUUCCACUGCUCUGGGAGCCGUAAAGUGCAAUACGCUGGCGUUAGCCUGUUAUCUUCCCCCAGCGUGGUACUGGCGUGCGAUUCAAACGCUCGUUCUCGAGUACCCUAUGGUUCUGUACGCACUACUCAUCCGCCAGUCAUUCACAACACAAUCAGUUGUGACGAUAGCAACUCUCCAAUACGCGAUCCACCUCCUUGCCAAAUCGGCGAUUGGUUCAAAGGCUCGCGAGUCGGAGUCAGUAAUGGAUGUUCUGAAGAGUGCGCAGGAGCUCUUGGACUGGGUGAGCGAAAGGAAAGAGGCUUCACCGGAUAGCGAUUGGAACGGGAUACGCGAAUAUCACGCCCCUAUCGUAUCGAGGGGGGCGCCCACACAGAGUGGCAUGGGAAUCAAAAUGAGGAGCAUUUCGUUUCAUUACCCAGGAAUGGAUGUGCCAACCAUCAAGAGCACCAGUUUCCAUGUAAAUCCCGGGGAAUUUGUCCUCGUGGUGGGAGGCUCGGGUAGCGGAAAGUCUACUUUGCUGAAGCUCGUCGCUGGGAUCCUUCGACCUCAGCGGGGAACCGUGAAGGUUGAUGGAAGGCACGAUUGGCCGAUGGAGCCUUUCCCCCCGCGCGAACGCGUCGCCUUCCUUUCCCAGAACGAGCCGAUUUAUCCUCUGUCUUUACUGGAAAAUCUGGUCAUCGGACUGGGCGGCCGGGAUAAGAUGAAUCUCGUCGAGCGUUCGGUCGCUGCUGCAAUGAAAGCCACGGGAUGUGACCACUUGUUGAAGAGGAUGAGCAUGGAGACCAUCUUGUCUCCGUGUCAGGUUGCUGGACGAAGCAUUCAGGGAUGUGGGAAUGGCCACAUUGGAAGGAAGGCCAUCGACGAGUGGAGGAAACACGAUGCGUCUAGCUUCUCUCAAGACAUUACUCCUGAGGAUCGACAGAGACUGAUUGCCGCCCGUUACCUCGUAAGGAUGCAGCACCUGCCGACCGUGGAUCUCGUUGUCCUUGAUGAGCCUGGCUCAUGUAUGGACCCUCUUUCUGAGCGGGAGCUCAUCCGACACUUCAUCGAUCAGCGUAAAGGACAUACAGUCAUCGUUGUUACUCGUGCAUUUGCACAUUUUGCGCGACAAGCUGAUCGAAUCCUGUAA